AUGAGCCGAAUCCCCAGGAACAAGUUGAACCAGACACCUGAGCCAACGUCCCCGGUGGUCUCCCCUCACCAGUCUCCCCCCACCUCCCCUCAAUCGUGGAGGAAACACAAGCGUCAGGCCAGCGGAGGGAACGCAGACAGACAGCCGGUCGUUGUUCCAGCUGGAGCCGUGUGGACGCACUUCAGAGAAGCACAAGCAGCAGGUGCGGUGCCCGCUGAAGGGAUGUGGCCGUCUCACUCGCCCCCUCCUCCGGGUCAGGAGAGUUGGGUCAGUUUCACAGCGGACACGCCGCCAUCCAGCGCCAUCCCAGGAAUGCAUCCCUCGUCAGCCCAGGUAGGGCAGUCCAACACGUCUAUCACCACCUUAAUAAAGAACUGA